AUGCAUCAGUCCUAUUGCAACACUGAUGUAGUAAGAAGACAGAAGACAGGGACAACAGGCAACAAUAGAAGAGGAGUAUCUGAAGUUCUGGUCCAAAAAAUGAGAUUUCCAGUAGAGAUUGUUUUACUUCUAUUAUUGAAUACAUGUGAUGCACAAGAAACAUGUAAACUGAGAACUCAUUUUAAUAAUGGAUUUUUUUUUGAUUCAAAAACACUUUACCCUGUCAAUACAAAUGCAAAUUAUCGAUGUAAAGAAGGAUAUGCAACAACAAAUGGAAAAAAAGAAGGAUUCAUCACCUGUGGACAAAAUGGAUGGUUGGAUCAACCAACAUGUAUUAAAAUUUGUAAUAUUCCACAUUUGGUAAAUGUCAAACAAAAAGGGAAUAAGACAUUUCUUAAGCCUAAGGAAAGAUUAGAAUAUGAAUGCAUGGAUGGAUAUGAAAUUGGAAAUGGGCAAACAACAGGUUUCAAAAUAUGUCAUGAUGAUGAGUGGCCUACAGUGGUUGAAUGUUAUGAAAAAGCAUGUAGUCUCCCUAUUCUACAUGAAAUGGAACCUGAUCUCAAGAAAGAGAAAUAUAAAGUUGGAGAUGUAUUGACUUUCCGCUGUUUCCCUGGUUUUAAAAUCGCUGGACCAUUAUCUGUGCAGUGUUAUGAUUUUGGAUGGUCCCCGAGGCUUCCUACAUGUAAACAGGAAGUAAAGUGUUGUGAGCAACCACCAGAAAUUUUGAAUGGCAUAACUAAGGACUCAAAGAAGAAAGUAUAUUGUCAUGAUGAUGUAGUAGAGUAUGAUUGUGACCUUGGAUUUGUAAGGAGAGGACCCAGGAAGAUACAAUGCAAUGAUGGAGAAUGGACAACCUUACCCACUUGCAUUGAGGAAAAAAGAAGAUGUGCAGAAGUGCCUGAACUUGUCCAUGGUUAUAUUCAGUCUACUACUGAUCUGUCAUAUUCUCAUGGGUCUUUGGUGGAAUAUGGCUGUGUGGAGAAUUUUAUAAUGGUUGGAAAAAAGACAAGCACAUGUAUUCAUGGAAAUUGGACAGAGCCACCUACCUGCAUUGAAAAAAACAGACUUGGGAGAUGUGCAUCAAAAUUUUUUGAAGACUUUCAAGUCAACCUAAACAAAGAAUUUAAUGAUAUUGUCAUUAAUUACAAAUGUAACUGGAAUUCAGAAUUCAAAAGUACAAAAUGUAGAAAUGGAAGAUGGUCUCCUCCACUAAGUUGUUCAACAAUGAAAUCGUGUGCACCUCCACCACAAAUACCUAAUUCUCAGGAUAUGGAUAUAACAGUGAAUUAUAAGGAUGGUGAAAAAAUAAGUAUUAUUUGUAAAGAAAAUUACAUUCUUCAAGGACAAGAAGAGAUAAUAUGUGAAAAUGGACGUUGGAAUUCAUUACCCAAAUGCAUUGAAAAACAGCCAUGUUCUAAGCCACCUGCUAUAAAAUAUGGAGACAUUAAGCAAGUGACCACAUCAAAAGAAGAUAAGGACAAUCUGGAGCCCAGUACCUAUGCACAUAAUACUAGAGUAAGCUACAUGUGUCAGCAGGGUUUCAUAAUGAUUGGAGAAGAGGAAAUAAAAUGCAAUAUGGGAAAAUGGAGCUCACCUCCUCAUUGUAUUGGAAUUCCAUGUGGAAAACCACCUCAAAUACGUAAUGGUAUCAUUGUUAAAGUGUCAGGAAGUUAUGAAUUUGAAGAAGAAGUGAUAUACGCAUGUAAAGAAGGUUAUAACAUUGAUGGACUAGCAACUAUAACUUGUAAUGGAGGAACCUGGUCUAGUCCACCACAAUGUAAAGAUGUAAGAUGUUCACGCCCUCCCAGGUUUAAUAAUUCUGACAUGCUUGGUACUUCAAAAAGCUAUUAUAUGCCAGGAGAUAAAGUGGUUUAUCAUUGUCUAUCAAAUUUCCAGCCUGAAGGAUCAACUGAGGUAAUUUGUAUAGGACCCAACUGGAAAGGGGAUCCUCAAUGCAAAGAUCUCUCUUGUGGAUAUGCACCUUAUAUUGAAAAUGCUAUAAUUAUGACCAAGCUAAAGAAACGAUAUGAACCUGGUGAUGUAGUGAGUUAUAGGUGUACUGGAUCUCUUAAACUGUAUGGGAAAUCAGAUGUAAUUUGUAUUAACAAGACCUGGACAGACCUUCCUGAAUGCAAAGAGGAAGUGGGAAAAUGUGGACCACCUCCACCUAUUAAUAAUGGAGACAUCACAACUUUCCCAUUAUCUGAAUAUGUGCCAGAAUCAAGAGUGGAAUAUAGAUGUCAAAAAUUUUUUGUGCUACAGGGUUCCCGAUUUGUAACAUGCAAAAAUGGAAUAUGGACAGAUCCACCAACAUGCCUUGAGGCAUGCACGUUAUCUGAAGAAAUAAUGAAGAGAAAUAAUAUACAGCUUCGAUGGAAGCACACUGAAAAAAUCUAUUCAAGAACAGGACAAGAAACUGAAUUUUAUUGUAUUUGGGGAUACCGUAGGGCUGAGGGAUCACCUCCAUUCAGAGCAACAUGUGUGGAAGGAAAAAUCAAUUAUCCCAUAUGUGUAUAACAUAAUCUUUCCAGAGUGGUUAAUUCUGAGCUCUUCUGAUAUGAGUAUUCCUCCUACUUUAUGACAUUCUCCCUAACCCAGUGUAAUUCUGUAAGAUUCAGAGGUAUUUAUUACUGUAAUAUUUUGGGGUGAUCAUGCAGAUGUAAUGAUGAGAAACUUACCCAAUUCAUCUUUUCCUUCAGUAAAAUAUUUUUU